GGUAUAUCCAAAGCAUCGUGUUUGGAGCUGAUAGAUCGAGCGGCGGAAGCGCUCGGCAGUAGAUGGCGGAGGAGAAAUAUAAUCGGAGGAAUCCGGCGGUGAAGCGGAUCCUCCAAGAGUUGAAAGAGAUGCAGUCAAAUCCCUCAGACGAUUUCAUGAGCCUUCCCCUAGAGGAAAAUAUAUUCGAGUGGCAAUUUGCGAUUUUGGGACCUCGCGAUUCGGAGUUUGAAGGAGGGAUCUAUCACGGAAGAAUUCAGUUGCCUGCAGAUUACCCGUUCAAGCCCCCUUCCUUCAUGCUGCUAACUCCAAAUGGGCGUUUUGAGACUCAGACAAAGAUAUGCCUGAGCAUAUCGAACCAUCAUCCUGAGCAUUGGCAGCCGUCAUGGAGUGUUCGUACAGCUCUGGUUGCUUUGAUAGCCUUUAUGCCAACCAACCCUGGUGGCGCGUUGGGCUCCCUUGACUAUCCCAAGGGGGAAAGACGCCAACUUGCUAUCAAGUCACGCGAAACUGCGCCUGUAUACGGCAACACAGAACGGCAAAAGCUAAUCAAUGAGGUCCAUCAAUACAUGCUC